UAAAAGUCUAUUUAAGCAUCCAUCCAACCAAUUUUCCGUUUAUUUCUUGAAUUAGCGACCAAAUCCUGCUUUGGCCGAAGCUCGGGCAACCUGAAAAGCAAGGCACCGCCGACGGCCAGGACACCAAUCAAGGGGAAAGUCGGGAUGUGGCCGCAAACGCUGGAAAUGUCGCGGGACGAGUGCCGAGGCAUGCUGCGUCGACUGGAACUCGAGUCCUAUUCGCAUGUGGUGAGCGUUUUUCGCGCCCAAGGAGGCCUCAGUGAAACCAAGGCGAAACUGCUGGAGGAUCUGCGCCAGCACUUUCACAUCAACCAGGAGCGUCAUCGGGCGGAAGUGCGAAGGGCGGCCAACGACGAGCAGCUCUGCACCAUUGCCGAAAACGUUUGUGGCCCCAACACCUGGCAGGACUGGUCUCGCGAAGGACGACGUCCCUAUCCGCUGCUACCCAGGAUUAGUCCACAAACAGCCCUCAGUAUCGUUGCCAAUGAUCUGGCGGCCAAGGUAUGCGAGGAAAAUGCCAAAUUGGCGGCUCCCGCCGAAACGGCGGCGCAUUUCGGAGAAGCCCUCGUGGAGCAGGCUUCGCUGAUGAGCCUGAAAUAUCCUCGGAGCGGCAGGUGCCAGGAUCCCGCCAUGGUGAUCAUGGAGGAGCCGUUUAAAGUGCCCGAUGUGCCCAACGAGGUUAAAAAAAUGACACAGAAGCGCAAGGAGAACGAGGGCGGAGUGGAAGGCAAGCCCAACAAGAAGAGGCACAUGCAACAGCCACAUUCGCAGCAACCUCACCUGCCUGUUCCCCAGCAGCAGCCACAGCAGCUGAGUCCAUCCUCGAAUCCCGCCGGCGAGGAUGGAGAUGCAGUGCCUGCGGAGAAGCGGCUCACUCCUCGCACCCUUCAGCAGCGCUACUUCUAUCAGCAGCAGAUGAAACACAAGCAGCGCCUGGCCAGCAAACGGAAUUUGACCAACAGUUUGGGCUCACCAUCCACCCAGUCAGGAAGUCCUUUGGGCGGCAGGAACCCAACAUCGUCAGGGGGAGAUUCCUCGCCAGGAAAGCGAAUAGCUGCUCCUGCCAAAAGUGGACGGAGGGCGCAAAAGCAACUGCAACAUCAGCAGCAACAAAAGUUGCAGCAACACCAGCAACAAAAAGUAUUAAUGCAAUCGCCGGAAACGGUGCCCAAUCAUAUGGUGGUGCAGCCACAUGUGGAGUAUGUGCUCGACGAGGCGCUCAAAACGCUGGCGGCCACCACGCCACCAACGUCCACAUCCACAAGUGCGACAAGUGCAGCCACUCCUCCCUAUACCUUCCUCAAUGAUCUGAGACCACUUGUCACGCUAAAGCCACUUAAGCCCCUAAAGCCAAUGGUGUAUGGACCACAAGGUGGAGCAGGAGCCACUGAAAUUGGUUCACCCACAACGCCAGGCGCUCGAGGAUUCGCAAGCUCGCCAAUAGUUUUUAAGGAGAAGCUGCAGGUCUCAGCUGUUCAGGGGCAGUCACAAGGUGCAACCGGGAAAAAGUAUGGGGUGGAGGAAAGAAAUCCGGAUUCGCUGCCAUCUGCUGCCACUACGCCUACUCCUAUAUCCACCGCAAAUCUUCCACUGGCACCCCAGAUCAUCAGCGUACAACAGAUCCCAGCUCCGCCAAUGAGCGCCAAACUGCGGCCAGCCAUAGCUUCGCCCACUGGCACCACAAACUCUACGCUGCUGCCGCCAGGCUCCAAGAUAACGCCGAAGAAGUUCAAUCUUCUAGAGGGCGAUGCCAAACCGAAAACUCUUCCCAGUUCGGCGGUUCGUUUGCUACCCUACACGGAACCCAUUGGCGGUCCUUUGUCGCCCAUGAAGGACUCCAGGGUUACUCCUUUGAGCAGCGCCUCCACAGUUAAUAUCAUCAAAAAUAUACCAGCUAGUAGUUUGAACAACACCCUGAUAACACCGCUGCCCUCAGCAGGAACAACAAUGCCGGCCAACCUCUUUAGGGCGAAGGUGACAACGCCUCAGAUUAAGGGCCCAAGUGGUGGAGCAGUGAGUGGUGCAGGCGGAGCAGCCGUUAUUGGUGCAACAGGCGGAGCAGGAGGUGCCCCCCAAAUCCUGGGAAACAUUAAGCUAACCAGCAGCUCGGGAGGAGCAGCCACCAUCAAACAGGUGCCCAGUAGUGCUUUGCGAAACAUCAAAAUUUGCUCACCGAAUGGAAAGGUGUUCCUUCAGCCUGGAAAACUUCCAGCCGGAAGCAUCAUUCACAAACUUAACAAUACAAGCGGUACUUCGGUUGUGGGGACCGGUGGAGUAGUGACCACCACCACAGCCGUUUCGCCCACAAAUCUGCCGGCAAGAGAGCAAAGAACCAGCAUACAAAAGAUGCAGAUACUCCAACCGGCUACCGGGAGCGGGAAUAGUGGAUGCAACAGUCCCACCACCACCACGACAACCAUUUCCGGCUUGAGUUCGAGUGCCAAGCAGACAACCCUGGGCGGCAAACCCACCACUCUGACCAUCGCCACUGCGAGCGGUGGUAAGCACAAUCUGGUUUUCCUGCCAGCAAGUGCGGCGAGUGGAAUGAGGGCGCUCACACUGGCAACCAAGCCCAAGUCCAAUGUGCUGGUCAUUGGAGCCACCACUAGCCCAGCACCCACGUCGAGUGCAUCAUCAUCAUCAUCGCCAAAUCCGUCUAGAGGCACUAAGCCAAAACCCAACCAACUCAUAACCGAGGAUACACCCAUCGAUAUUAUAAAUAUGCCCAUCAUUGUGUCAGACAAUGGAACCACUACGGAGCUCAAUCAGACUUCGGUUAAGAACUCUCCCCUCGUGGUAUUCCAUGCCACCGAUUGGGAAAUGGAGCUGGAUCAGGCGGCCACCAAGUCGGCGACCACUUCAUCCAAACAAGCUCUGGAAGAUGAACUAAUCGAGGAAGAUGAAGAUCUGGAGGAGGAAAUGGAGGAGCGGAAUGACCAAGAAUCUACAAUGGACCUGAACAAUAGCAUCAUUGAACUGCAUCCAGAGGACGAUAGUGCUAUCGAGUAUGUGGACAUGGAUCUGGAGCAGCCGAUAGAGAUAGAGAGCACCACCAACAUAUCGCCAGAGACGGCCACAACCACAUUGAAGGCAGCUAUCGUCUCGGCAACUGCCCAGCAGCAAAAGAAGCCACUGGAACAGCCACUGGCAACAGGAGCAGCUAGCCUAUAGAUCGGGAUCGGUUACCCAAUCACCAAUUAAGUUACCUUAAAGGAUCCCCAUUUCGAGGCAUUCGAGUGAGAGAACGCACACACAAAGCAGACCCGGUUUAAAUUAGAUUUAGUUAGUAGUUUAGUGUCAAUGUCGAGAGUUUUCCUUCUUAAAUUUUAAUUAUCGCAAUCAGCAGCCUUGGAGAAAAGUGCAAGAUUAUCGUAUGCUUGAUUGUGGAGCCUAAGUUAAAUAUUGAGCGUUAUGUUCGCAAUAGUUAAGUUGCCAAAUCACACAACCACCACUGUUUUAAACAUAUUAUCGUAUAGUGAAAGGUAUACCCUGGAAUUCGUGUUAGUUUUAGUUUUACUUUUUCAUUUCAUUCGCAAUCUUCGGAGCCUGUAAUCGAUCCCUUUCUCUCCUGUACAUAGGGCAGAUGCCUCUGCAGACUUACCUUAGUUUUGUAUAGCUUGUAAAUAGAGUCCACACUUCGCCCCCUAACCCUCAUCUUUUGCCUAGCAUAAUUUCAUUGUAGUUUAGUUGCCUAGGUUUACCCCACAGUGAAAGCAAAAAUGUACACAAAAAGAUGCGAGAAACGCGCAAGGAAAGUGAGAAAAAAUUGUUUAAAUGUUCAACUUGAAAGAUUUCUUAAUUGUAUGAGAUUAUAGACCCUAGUUGACCCAACCCGAAAAUGUAAAUAUUUGAUGAAUUUCGAAAUGCAAACCUUAUAACGCAGAUGAUUAACCAUUACGAUUUAUAGAUGUUAAGUAUUUUAUGCGUCGAUUUUGUAAAUCCAAGUCUUAGGAGGGGUGUUGUAACUUUUAGACCAAGCCCCUAAUUGAAAAACAAACGGAAACACCAGAGAAUUCCCCCUCUCCACAGAAAAGUAAAAAUUGUAAUACAAAAAUAUUGUUGAACGAUGCGUCGCUGUAGAAUUUUAAGUAUAAAAAUUUUAAACGAAAUAAAUUUA